ACCCCACCCCUUUCCAAAAAAAAAAAGAAAACCUCAAGCUUGUGGCAGGAGGGGGACUCAACCUCGCGGGACACCUGUGAUUCUGGAUACCCCUCUUUUUUAAGCUUUCUGAAACUGGAUUCAAGCUCCUCCUCACAUCCUGACCGUUGAUGAUGAAGAUGAGGAGCAGGGAUGUUUGAGAGGGGGAGGUAGACGAGGAGAGAAGAGAGAGAAUCCGCCUCUGUGGACGGUGACGGAGCGCUCCGCGGCGGCGCCACCAGCAGCAUCAGGCAGCAGCAGCAGCAUCAGUCGGUCGGCGGAUGGAGGAUUGAGAUGAAGGUGGAGGAAUGCUGCUGAUGAUGAUGAGGAGGAUCAUAUAGGCAGGUGCUGCAGGCUCGUGCCGCAUUGCUUGGCUGCCGAGAGCGACGCCGGGGAGACGGGUGAUGCUGUCGUCGUCAUUGUGCCACAAACAGAGAGAGAGAGAGAGAGAGAAAGAGAGAGAGAGAGGAGAGAGGCUCUGACAUGGAGGGAGUGAGCGGCUGUUUGAGCUCAGGCCGCCCGGAUCAGCAGGUUGGAUGUGCAGCCUGAAGCCUGGAGCAGCUGAGGCAUGACAUCCACGGAGGAGAAAAUCACAGAGAAGUUGAAUCCUUCAAUGUGGAAUAUGUUUGUUCCCUGUGCGUAAAAGUGUUUUCUGCACAUAUGAUGAUAGUGCAUCACAUCAGCAGCAGCAGCAGCAGCGUCUGUGCCAGUUCAGGGUGGAUUACAGAGCAGCAGGCCUCCAUCUGAAGCCAGCUUCUGAUCCGGAAACAGAGAACAGCAGAGAACAUUCUUCACCCUGUUGCUGGAGUUGAUUAUUGAUCGUGUUGUUUCUCUGCUGUGGUCCCCCCCGUGGAGGGACAGCUGUUGCAAAAGAUGACUCACUUGCAGGCUGGCCUCUCUCCAGAGACCCUGGAGAAGGCCAAGGUGGAGCUGAAAGAGAACCCGGAGACUUUACACCAGGACAUCCAGGAGGUCCGGGACAUGAUCAUCACCCGGCCGGACAUCGGGUUCCUCAGGACAGACGACGCGUUCAUCCUCAGGUUCCUCCGCGCGAGGAAGUUUAACCACUUCGAGGCGUUUCGGCUGCUGGCUCAGUACUUUGAGUACAGACAGCAGAACCUGGACAUGUUCAAGAACCUGAAGGCGACAGACCCGGGGAUCAAACAGGCCCUGAAGGACGGAUUCCCUGGUGUGCUCUCCAACCUGGAUAGAUACGGCAGGAGGAUACUGGUGCUGUUUGCAGCCAACUGGGACCAGAGCAGAUACACGUUUGUGGACAUACUGCGGGCGAUCCUGCUGUCACUGGAGUCCAUGAUCGAAGACCCAGAGCUGCAGGUCAACGGCUUCAUCCUCAUCAUCGACUGGAGUAACUUCACCUUCAAGCAGGCGUCCAAACUGACUCCCAGCAUGCUGCGGCUGGCCAUCGAGGGGCUGCAGGAGAGUUGGUGUUCCUGUUUAUUCUCCCGUGGAAGGAGAGGAAUCAGAGAAGUGAGGGAGAUUAGGCGGCGCUCGCUGGAUUUGGAUCAGAGGAUUUUUUUUUUUUAAAGGC